CUGGAAACUCCAGACGCUCAAUGAAAUGCAACUGAAAAGUUAAUGAGCGUCUAUGGACCGGGGAAUUGAAUGGAUAUUUAUAAUUUUUUAGUGAAAAUUUUGCCGAUUUAAACACGAUGGCUGAUGUAUUUUGCUGCAUAAGAAGAUGCUUUGGAGACACGAAUCCAGGUCACAUUCGUUUACAAGAAAUUCCUUCAGUCCAGUUGGACACAACAAACAUGGGCUCUGAAGUAGUGAUUGUCAAGAAUGGACGUAGAAUAUGUGGUACAGGGGCUGCCUUCUCUAAUGCACCUAUAAACCAAGAUAAAGCCUACUUUGAAGUAAAAGUACAGUCUUCAGGUGUAUGGGGAGUGGGUUUAGCAACUAGAAAGUGUAGUGUAAAUAAAGUACCCCUUGGUGACACUGAGGAAUCCUGGGUAUUGAGACAUGAUGGAAGAUUAUUUCACAAGAAUGAAGAAAAAGAAAAAUUACCAAACCUACCACAAGAGGGAGAUGUUUUAGGGUUGACAUAUGAUCAUGUAGAAUUGAACUUCCGGCUCAAUGAUAAGCCUGUAAAUAUACCUAUGUUAGGUAUUAAAGGAACUGUAUACCCUGUGUUCUAUGUUGAUGAAGGAGCCACACUUGAUGUACAGUUUACAAAUUUCUACCAUGAUCCACCAGAUGGUUAUGAUAGUAUUAUGAUCGAGCAGUCUCUGUUGUAGCAUAUAGUCUAUGAAUUUUAGUACUUGUAUACCAAUAAAUUAUCAUAUAUGUAAAUUAUCGUAUAUGUAAAUCAAUGCUUUAUGUAAAUUUUAUAUAUAUGGAAAAUAUGUUUUUCUGGAAUUUAUGAUAUAUGUAUAUGUUAUGUAUACAUGAAAUUUUUAAUAUAUAUGAAUUAUCAUAUACAUGGAGGUAUAUUAUCAUAUAAGAAUUAUCAUAAAGGUAAUUUAUCAGAUGCAUGUAUAAAUUAACAUAUAGGUAAAUCAGUAUACAUGUAUAUGUUAAUUUUCUAAAAUGUGAAUUAUCAUCAUGCCAGUUGUCAUAUAUGUUAAUGAUCACAAAAAUGA